AUGACCAAAGUAAAACCUUCGACUCCUAAAAACUUUCAAGACAAUGAGUCAGAACAGACUCAAUCCCUUCUUGGAGUUAUUAUUAGUGAUGAUGGUUCUCUCUCAAGCUCACCUAAACCAUCCACUCCAAAGAAGAGAAAUAAUCGUCGCUCAGCUUCUCUUAAGAAGAACAUUCGGAAGCAAAUUAGAGAAACUGAAUGUCCACCACCAAUUAUAAACGGGUCCAAAGGAGAAUCUUCACAUUCAACUCCUCUAGUGGUUUCUUCAAACAACAUUUCUACCCAACCGUCAUCCAAUUCCAUUCCUGCGAAUGAACCUCAGCAUGACUAUUGGAGAGAAAUUCUCCUUGAAUCUCACUUCGAGAGAUUUGGUUCGUUGGGCGAAAAUUACAACAAUGACGAGCUUUAUAACUUGUUAGUAGCUCAUUCCAACGUUGCAAUAACCUCUGCUUCAUUUUGGAAGAAAAGAAUCAACGUGUUAUUGCAAAAGUUCGCUCCUUUUAUCAGCCCAAUGAAUUCUGCAUAUGGUACAGAUAAAAUCAAAUCUAAAGGAUAUAAACGCGUGAUGGAAAUCCUCCACAAAUUGUGUUGUGUUUGUAGAGCAGGUAGAAGUCAAAAAGACUUCAGUUUGAUCUUCAAUUUUGAAGCUCUUGAACUCUCUGAAUUACUGAUGAGACUGGUGAUGGUAUUCAUUAGCGAAGGAACAGAGAACAACUCUUUUGAAGCAGCGGAUAACUUUUUGGAUUUGACUGCCAAAGAAAGAGAGAAGAGCAGAAAGAGAGUUCAACAAAAUCAUCAAGAAGAUGUUAUUAAGAAUAUGAACCAAUUUAUGAAUAGAUCAUCCAGACGUCGUGGCGGAUAUGACAGAAAUCGUGGAUAUUAUCAGAGAUACCAACCAUACAACAUUCCACAACCAGCAUCAAGUGGAAAUCCUCAUUCUGGGAACAAACCACCGUUUCAAAGACGAGGUUACAACUCCAACACCAACACCAACCCCAACUCCCAACAAACUCCUUCUUCUAAUACCCUCUGA